GAAAAGAUGGGAGCGUCAAUGUCAAUGUUUGCAAAGCUGUGGAACAAGAUGUUCAAUAAUGCAGAGUACAAGGUGAUUAUUAUCGGAUUGAACGCAGCGGGAAAGACGACGACGCUCUAUAAGCUACUGUUGGACGAGGUGGUGUCGACGACGCCCACCGUAGGCAGCAACCUCGAGGAGUUUGUAUAUAGGAACAUUAGGCUGCUGAUGUGGGAUCUGGGCGGGCAAGACCUGUUGCGAAGCACGUGGAACCAGUACUACAUGAACACCCAGGCUGUAAUAUUAGUGAUCGACAGUACCGACAGGGUGCGUGUGCCUCUCAUCAAAGAAGAACUAUUUAAAAUGCUCUCUCAUGAGAACUUGAAGAAGUCGAUUAUAUUGUUGUUCGCGAACAAGCAGGACUUGAAAGGAGCCAUGUCGGCAACAGAGUUGACAAACUUAUUGUCUUUGCACACGAUAAAGGAUCACGCUUGGCAUAUUCAGGCAUGUUGUGCAUUGACAGGUGAUGGACUGGAGCAAGGAAUGGAUUGGCUCGUGUCCAACAUCAACAAGGGAUAA